UUCCAAACAGCGCCUUCCAGCAACGGUGGAUAAGAAAGCCUCUUGCGCUCAGAUCCUGUGAGGGCCCAUACAUUGAAACUUUGUAUCAACCAAGAUAGGCCGCAAUUAUGGAGCUAAUAUUCCCAUUCAGCCGUUUGCUUUUGCCGGAUAUGGCUUCGUUGGGGUAUGCUUUUUUGUUGUUCUGCUUGGCCUAUAUUUUGGGUCGAUCCGUUGUGAGCUUUGCUCAUAGGAUGCUAUUCUCAGACGAAACCAAAUUCCAUCACAGAGCAUCGGGUCUUGAUCAGGCUGAAAAGGGCAGACUCAAAAGGCACGAGGAUGCAUCUGAGGAAGACAAUUUUCAACUGGAGAAAAGAGCAUUUUUCAGCAAGACAUGGUUAUUUGUAUGCCAUCGCAGCAGAUUCAACAAGCCUGGGGAUUACCACACCUUUGAUAUUGCAGGGAUUUCCUUCUUCGUUGUCUUAAGCAAGGAUAUGAAGGUUCGAGCAUUUCAUAACGUCUGCCGGCAUCGAGCCUAUACCGUGGUACGGAAGUCAUGUGGCACUUCUACCCGAUUCUCGUGCAAAUAUCACGGAUGGCAGUAUGACGAUCAAGGCCGGCUUGUUAAAGCGCCAAAAUUUGAUGAGUCUCCGGGGUUCGUUGCGGAAGACAACGGCCUGUUCGAGGUCAAGUUGAUUCUCACCAAUGAAGGCCUUGUCUUUGUGAACUUCGAUGCCGGUACAUUAAACCUUCCUUUUGAUAAUGUCAAAUCUCAGGUGGACCUUGGUAACUGCUCCUGGGUGGAAGGAAUGAAUGUGACCUGUGCCAUGAACUGGAAAUGUAUAGCAAAUGAAUUCUCAAACCAAUGUCAAUGGACCACAACCCCUUACCGAUGGCUUGCGCGGUUCCACAGGCAAAAGAUGGCAGCAUUAUUGGGCCCCUUGAGCAUGAUUAGGGAGUUGAGGCAAGGACUCUGGUGCACCAUGACGCUCCUGCCACGAUCGGCCUCCGAAGUCGUUGUCAGGUGCGAUAUAUACGCCAGAGAGGGCCAUCAAGAGCCACCAGACGUCGUUGAGAGAGAGAAGUGGUUGCUGGAAAAGGAAUUGCUCAACCUGCCCAGAACCGAUAUCCGCGACAAAGCGUCGAUGACGGGUUUCGCGUAUAGAUGUGGAGGCCGCUCCAUUGAUCUAUUCGCGAUCCUGGUGCAACAUCAACGCAACGAGACAUUGGCCAGGAGGAAGUUACAGCCAGCCAUUAGAAUUACAGGCACAGCCGACAUCGACGAAGAAGCGGCGGCAAUAUGCGACGCAGUUGAUGAAAUGGACAAUGCCCCUACCUUUGGGAGAUGCUCGAACAUGUCGAGUUCCUCUCACAAGCUGGAGUGGUAGCUGGACUAUGGCGAUAUGAGGCUGGCUGGUAGAGGAGCUCACGGGUUGUGCUACCGGUCAAGCAACGGCGGCGCUGUCCCUGGAGGUCUACGGCGAGGCCGGCAUGCAAUUAUGUCGAAGAUCAUACAGUAUCAGCAACAGCAAGUAGCCACUGCAGACCAAGUCGGAAGCUGAACGAGAUGACUGAAC